AGGAGGGUGCAGUUUUGAAACGCCGAGACCGACUGAAGGAGUGGAGGAUGGAGGAGGAUGGGAGAGCACAUUAUCCCCUAUAAGUGACCCAUAUCUUCCAGCGGACUCACGGUUUAUCCAGGCUAGUUGUUUUCCCGAGGAUUUGCUCCACCACGAUGUCGGCUUCGGCGAUUUUUAUCCUCGAUUUGAAGGGGAAGGUGCUGAUCUGUCGUAACUACAUGGGGAAUGUGGACAUGAAUGAGAUCGAUCACUUCAUGCCGAUGUUGAUGAAGAGGGAGGAGGAGGCAGAGAUGACGCCCCUGAUCACACAUGGAUCCACACACUUCCUCUGGGUCAAACACAGCAACCUCUACUUGGUGGCGAUGACCAAGAAAAAUGCCAACGCUGCUCUAGUAUACUCCUUCCUUUAUAAAAUAGUUCAGGUUUUUAAAGAAUAUUUUAAGGAAGUGGAGGAGGAGAGCAUCCGAGAUAACUUUGUGACGGUGUAUGAGCUGAUGGAUGAGGUCAUGGACUUUGGGUUUCCUCAGACAACGGACAGCAAGAUCCUACAAGAGUACAUAACACAGCAGGGUCAUAAGCUGGAGGUGGGUGCCCCAAGACCCCCAGCAACAGUUACCAACGCAGUGUCCUGGCGCUCCGAGGGCAUCAAGUAUCGCAAGAAUGAGGUCUUUAUGGAUGUCAUCGAGUCUGUGAAUCUACUGGUGAGUGCAAAUGGCAGUGUACUUCGCAGUGAGAUUGUGGGGUGCAUCAAACUCAAAGUGGUUUUGUCUGGCAUGCCUGAGCUCCGCCUGGGCCUCAAUGACAAAGUGCUUUUCGAGAUCACAGGCAGAGAGAAGAGUAAGACAGUAGAGCUGGAGGACGUGAAGUUUCAUCAGUGCGUCCGCCUGUCACGCUUUGAGAACGAUCGCACCAUCUCUUUUAUACCACCGGAUGGCGAGAGCGAACUCAUGUCCUACCGCCUCAACACAGCAGUGAAGCCGCUCAUAUGGAUCGAGAGCGUGAUUGAGAAGUUCUCUCACAGUCGUGUGGAGAUCAAGGUGAAGGCCAGAAGUCAGUUCAAAAGUCGAUCAACUGCCAACAAUGUGUCCAUUCUGGUGCCAGUCCCCAGUGACGCUGACUCACCCAAGUUCAAGACGAGCACUGGCAGCGCCAAAUGGCUCCCUGAGAAGAAUGUGGUGCAGUGGAACAUCAAGUCCUUCCCUGGUGGUAAAGAAUACAUGAUGCGUGCCCACUUUGGCCUGCCCAGUGUGGAGGGUGACGAGAUGGAAUCCAAGAGACCCAUCACUGUUAACUUUGAGAUCCCAUAUUUUACUGUUUCUGGCAUACAGGUGAGAUACCUCAAGAUCAUAGAGAAGAGUGGUUACCAGGCGUUACCGUGGGUGCGCUACAUCACACAAAGUGGAGAUUACCAACUCCGGACGAACUAAAGGGCACGGAUCUGCUAGUCCAAUGGAUAUUUUCAGUUUCUCCGACUCCACUGUCUGCAGCCAGAACAGAGGGCACGUGGACAAAUGCCAAAUGUGUUCCAGCAAAAGUCCAGACCAGAGAGGAGACAUCGUUGCUUCCUCAAAGACAAAUUCGCCUCAAAGGGAACAUGUAAAGGAGGUUGAAGACUUAAAGAGGCGUGUAAUGUGUAAUCUUAUCACUGUGAUUUUUGGCAUUUUUUAUCAUGUGCGUAAUUGUUAUUGUGUGAAGCGAAUACUGUAUUGGGGUAAGCAGUGGAUAGCUAGUAUAUAAGAUGUCAAAUUUGUCAGAGUGACGUCCAUAUUUUGGCUAAAAGAAGAGUAUCAGACCAAAAGAAAAUAAUGUUUACAGCUAAUGAAAUAAUUAAUAUUGGAACUAAAUUUUUUUAAAUAAUAUAAUUUGUUUUUUAAAGUGCCGUCCAGAUUUCCUUUUCACAGUUUUGUCUCCAGGAAAGCUUUACUUUUUUCUUCAUUCCUAAAUAAACAUUAAUAAAUAAACCAUUCCAGCUUUAAAGGCGCCCUAUGUAACUUUUCGAUUUUUCUCAAUGGUAAAGUUACUGAUUUCAUAGGUUAUUCAAGGUUUCAUAGUACAGCAUUAAACUAUCUUUUUAGUGAGAAAUGGGAUGCUACCUGGCCAAGUUACAAGUCAGAUGUGUGGAGAGGAGACCCUGCUCACAAUAAGAACGCAGAAUUUUUAGCAACUAUAAUUGAAUGCAAGAUGCAAAUGGAUACGCUUAAUGCCAUACUGUGGAACAUUACAGGCGAAGCAACAACAGCUCAAUGAAGCAGACUGCAGAUCACCCUAAAAAAAGUAACAUAUUGUAGCUCACCUUUAACUACCACAUUUCUAUUGUAUUAUAUUUUUACAUGCACACUUUAUGACUAACCCUGCCAACCGUCUCAAAAUCUGCCAGGUGGAAUUUCUUACACUCUCUUCCUUGUUCUGUUUGAAUAAUACAUUGGUUGCCUUAAAAAUCUCCUAUCUCAUCAACUCAGCACUGUGAACUCAAUCCACCAGUCUUCUGAAAGCUACACCGCUGACUAGAUCAAUGAUUAAUAAGGCACAAUAUUGUCUGAGGCUCUGGCAACGCAACAUAAUACGACCUCCCCUCUCCCACAGGGCUUGUAACCUUGUCCAUGCAUUCCCAAUCAGCUUGUAACUUUGAGGUAGAGACUAAAGGAACGAGCCGGGCUGAAAACAUUUGGUAUUUUCUUCUGUUGAAUUGCUGUUCUUGCAGGUUUUAUGGCGAAGGACGAAUAGUUGGAGAUGGAGAAUUGGAAAGUAAUUGGUAACACUUUAUAAUGACUACACUUAUUUAUGCCUUAAAAAGUAUAAACAAAGGCUUAAAUCAUAAUGUCCACUCUAUUCAGAUAUAGUCCCCUGACCUAUUAAAGUUAAAGUUGCAUUGUGUAACUUUUCUGGUGGAGGGUCCUUCGAAUUGGCCAGGAUGACAGCACCUCCCAGUUUCAUUUCUCUCCAGUGACUAGGUCAGGAAUCAGAAUACACUAGAUGGUUUGCAAGAACCCCGGAAGUGCAAGUUCAGGCACCAGUCAAUCAGUGAAGAGCCAUACAUUCUGUGUUGGUUCCCGAGAUUGAGGAUUUAAAGCCAGAACAAAGAGAAUGUUUGGUGAAUUUUAUCAAGGGUAAAGACGUUAUUGCCCUUCUUCCUACAGGAUUUGGGAAAAACUUAAUAUACCAGUUAGCACCGUUAGCAGCACAUUACUACCCCACGACCAAAUAGCAGCUAUUGGUUAAAUUUAAAAAAGUAUCCGCCCACCCUCGAGCAAGCAAAUCCUAAUGCUGCGAGGUCAGGCAGUUUCCACGAAGUGAAACCGGAUGAUCGGGCUACCUUCAAAUGCUUUUCUCCUUGGAAAUGUGAUGGCUUUGUCUGAAAUGUUUUACAGUAUGGCAUUAAACCUUUCUACCUUCAUGGAGACCAAACCAGACCAAGUUAUAGAUCAGAUCUAUGGAGAGGCGACCCCUUUCACAGUCAGAAUGCCUGUUUUUUUUAGGUAUUUUUGAGCUGUAAAACCAACUGUAAUUGAAUAAAUGUAAGAGAGAGCUGUUUAAUGUCAUACUGUGGAACAUUCCAGGCAGAGCAAUGAUAUCUCCAUGGAAACUAGUAGGUGACCAACCCUCCACCAGAAAAGUUACACAAUGCACCUUUAAGUAGUUACAAAGCCUGAUUCAUUCUUAAUAAACUUGUUCAUACAUUUUUUCAUUAUGAUUGAUGUUUAUGAUUUACGAAGGCCAAUUAAAGGUGCAUUCUGUAAUUUUUUAUUUUUUUGGUGUGUGGUCUGCCAACUGCUUGUAUCUAUGGAGACAUUACUGCUUUGUCUUGAAUGUUCCACAGAAUGGCAUUAAACUGAUCCAUUCACUUGCCAACGCUUUUACUGCAUUCUUACAUUCUUACUGUAAGCAGGGUCACCUCUCCUCAGAUCUGACUUGUAAUUUGCCCUUGUGGUGUCCCGAUGGAGAUAGAUACAGUAUAUUUAAUGCCAUAUUGCUGAACACUCCAGACAAAGCAAAUAAGAAAGCAAAGCAAAGAAAGCAAAGCAUCUCCACGGAGACAGCAAAUGUUCCACUAGAAAGUUACAUAAUGCACCUUUAAAGUGUAGUUAUUAUGAAGUGGUAUCAAGUAAUUAAAUGUUUUUUUGGGUUUUUUGCUUUGGGAAUAUUUAAACUUGUUUUUCUAUUUCAAAAGGCCAACCUCUACUAGUAUUUUUUUCCCAUCUUUGUUAAGCAUGCAUUGCACCGCUCAUUUCAACAGCACUGCCAACAAACAAAAACAUGUAGAGAAUUUAUAGUGGCAACCAAACUAUAAAUUCUCAUGUACAAUCAGUUAUAUCUUGCGAGGAGGCGUUCUUUGAUCAAUGUGGGUUUUUAAAUAAUAAUAUGUAAUGUGUUAAUUUAUCAACUUGUUUUGUCUUAUAGGAUUCAUAGGGAUAUAUUUGGAAAUAAAGGUUUUGUAUCUUCUUGUA